GGUGGUGGAUUUUCGCGGGUGCCGCGCGGCGUACCCUCCGCGAGAGGACCAAACCCCAUACGCGCGUCAGCGGGAGACAGAAGGGCGGCCGGCAGAGAGUAGGGGGUGAGAAAGGAAAGGGCGUGCGAGCGCAGGACGGCGCACGAGAAGCGGGGGCCUCACACGAUCCGCAUCGCGCGCCCGUAACCUUCCGCGCGCGUUGUGCGACCUCGGCUGUCCUCGUUGCGAUAGCGAGCGGCCGCGAACGACGUUCCGCGCGCGCGACCAAGUGCCGGAGCGAGAGGAGAAAGAGGGGCGAACGGCGCUGGUAGCGUACGGAAGACGGCGGAAGGGGGACAAGGCCGGAUCGCGGCUGGAGUCCGAGAGACGAACGGGGGAUCAAUCAACAACGGCAUGAGGAAACGCCUCGUGGCGCGCGCGGCUACUGUCUUAUCGCCAGCAAGCGGGAACGGCCGCGUUGCUAUCGCCGCUACUACGCGCCGCUGCUCGGCCCUCGAACGUACGCGGACGCACGGUGCGCGAUGGGCGCCGGAUUCGAACAUUGACCGCCUGUCGGCCGAGUCGCCGUGAUCAUCUCGGACGGGACGUCCGUCGUCUCCGAUUUAAUCGCGACAUUCGCUACGACGGGAGAGACGCCCGCUACCGCGGCAGGGUCGCCGAGAUUACGUGCGUCUUCGCGGAUCGACGCGCCAUAAUAUUCUAAAGGCUCAACUCACACGCACACCACUCGCUACUUGCACCAGUUGCAAAGGAUAUACGAGCGAAAAGAUAAACGGAACUCGCGUCGAAAAGCGACAAAACCUCCUGCGAAAUAAUCGCUGGAAAGCGAAACAGCGGCGAAGCUUAGCGAAGAACGCUCGAUGGAUCUGCCUGAAAUCUCGUGGACAAGAAUCCGCGUAUCUCACUUACGCGAGCUUUCACAAAGUUAGAACACUCGUCCACGGAGGGGUGGGUUCGGAGGGGGAGAAAAAGCGCGCCAGGGGUCACCGACGGUAACUGGGACACCGCGGGCCGACGUGAUUCCUAGUUUCGGGGACAGAGCGUCCCUUAAUCUUUUCGGUGCUGAACACACGUAGACGCGUCGCACAGACGCACCACACACACACACACACACACACACACACACAAACGUUCACGUAGCAUUAAUAAAUGUGGGUGAUAUAUUAUAAUCGUACGAGGCCCCCUUUCAUGUUUAUCGUUUAGUCCCGAAACAGCAAGAGAGGGUUAAGCGCGUGAAAUUAAACGCACCGUUCUGCACCGUCCGACACGCCGGAGUAAUUUGGGCAAUCGACUGUCGCUGUCUUAAUACAGCGAGAUAUUAAUGCGUUCGAUAAGAAAAUAUUGCGUGCUUACGCAUACACAUACGGGUACACAUAGACACGCACACAAACGCGGAACGCCGCGGGGAUCUAUUGAAUGUAUAUAUCUACGUACAUGUUAUAAAUUUAUUUAAGUACAACAUAGAUGCGUAUAUGCAAAUAUUAUAUGUGUGUUGAACCUUCACAUAGAUCUAAAUCACGACGUUGAAGUAUUACAUAGUAUAUGACGUUACGCGGUACUCGAUAAUCAAACAUCGAUAACUCGACUACACGAAAAGUAUAUACGUUAGAAAUAAAACAACACUCACGCGAAGAUAACUUUCCAAGAAUUGAAAAUCGCACGAAAUUGCAAAGUGCAAGCGCGCGAGAAGCGAAACGAAGAAAAGUUGUUUGCUCUUACGAAGCAGUUAUGUACUCUGUGAGAGUUCGGAUCGAAGGAAAGAAGAAAAUAUUUUAAGUACCGUGAGACUCGAGCGGUCGUUUGUGUUACACGUGUUAACGAGCCGGAAACCUGAAACAAUUUUUUAUCGAUCAGUGCUCAGCUGAUCGGAGAAACUGCCAAUUACGUUAAAAACAUUUGCCAAUUACGUUGAAAAGAGAGAGAGAGAGAGAGAGAGAGAGAAAGAAAAAGAGAGAGCAAGAGAGAGAGAGAGAGACAAAGAAGAAAAAUAAAGAUUACGAGGCUCUCUAUCUCUCUCGUCAAUACGCGCAAGUAUUCGCGCGAGUCCACGGUGCUCAAUUAGGCGUAUAAGUACAAAUACACGCGGGCGUGCAAAUAUUAUUUUUCUCGACCGAGGUGUGCAUCCCUCUACGUUAGUAAAUAAGCGUAUCGAGUCUGUCCAAAAUUCCCCAUCCCUGGGGUUAGGCACCCAACUCAGACGAUCCUCAAUCUACCUCAACGACUGUCGGCUCGCGAUUCAAAUCCCAAAUACCCAAAUGUAUUCUUGAGGACAAGGUACAAUCGAGGAACAAUCAUUCCGCGCAUUCUCGUCCAACUGAAAGUCCUAGAACUUAAAAAACUUUCCGACUAAUUCGACACGACUUGCGUUCUCGCGACGGAAUUAAUCCUCACGUGACACACAUGAAUUAAUAUUGCCACGAAUCAAGGCGAAUCACUCUCGAUCGAGAUACGAGAGAUUUUUCGACGUACGUACAUUCUGUUUCUCGUCACGAGUAUACGCGUAUACCAUCAGGAGCAUGAGAGAAACACUGGAUUGAAUUCGUAAGAUGAUCGAUAUAAACGGACGCGUAUCUCUAGCGUGUUUUGCGUCGCACAGAAUCCCGAUCGUCGUCCGCUCAAUCUUCGAAUUCGUCAUCGCGCGAUAGAUAGGACUCGAUACUAACCGUUACAACAUCGAGUCUUCGGGAUCGAUUGAAUGCGGACGAUUAGGGCCUCAAGUCGGCGCGCGUUGUAUCGAGUUUCGGCGUGGUUGCGCGCUGUGUCAUUCGCAAAGCAAGGAAGUGAUAUGCCCUAUCUUACGCGGGUGCGCGAACGAGAUAAUGCUGGCGGCGAGAGAUGAGAUUAGAGUACCAGGAAGAGAAAGAGAGAAGAAACAGCUGCAUCGCGGGACAAAGAGAAGAAGACGCGCCAAGGAAGACGCACAGCCAUGUCAUGGGAGUCUAUCUCGUCCAGGGAUUACCUUGGCGGAUCGGUGAGCCAUCAGCUCUCAGCGACCGCGCUGUUGGGUAGCCCUGAUGGAUCGAGACAUCCACUCGAUGUCUGCGAGUUCACCGAAGAGGAUUACCGGCAUCAAAAUGGCAACGGUAAUAAUGGCCAUUAUCAAAAUGGCAGGUCGGGCGCCGGUAUAUGGGAGUGUCUCAUAAGUUGCAGAAGGCGACUUGAUCAACAAUUAGCUCGAAGGAGGGUGGAGCAAGGUUUGAAAUUGUACCGAGCUCAUAAACAACAAGCCGCGGUUAGGAAAUGGAGGGGCGCUUUGAAGAGCAUCAGACAUCGCGAGGAUAAAUUCGCUCUCCUCGGAUACUUGUAUCAAGCGUACAUGGAUUGGGGCAAAUACAGAGACAGCAUCGAAUUCGGCAACAAGCAAUUAUGCAUCUCGGAGGAGUUGGAUUCGCCGAACAUGCGGGCGGAGGCGUAUUUGAACUUGGCCAGGGCCCAUGAGAGAUUAGGUGCCCUGGAUAAAGCGUUAGAUUACGCCCGACACAGUUUGUAUAACGAGUGUGAUCAGUGCGCCACUGCUGGAUUAGUUCACUUAACCGUAGGCAGAGUCCACUUAGAGUUAGCAGGAUUCUGUAAAGCCUUGGAAGCGUUUCAAAGAGCCCACAAAAUCGCCCACUCCAUUCAAGAUCCCUCCUUAGAGCUACAGGUGUACGUUGGUCUGUCGGAACUUUUCUGCCGGUUACAGGACGCGGACAAGAGCGCGAGAUACGCAGCGAGAGCUUACGAUCUCUCCAGAAGUUUACAGCUGGGAGAUCUGAAUUCGCGUCAUCACAGAGCGGCAUUAUUACAAAUGGCCGCGGCGCUCAGAAAAAAGGGCGAGUUAGGCGACGCUCAUGAUUACUGCUCGGAAGCAACGCGGCUUUCACUAGUUUCUGGCGACCAAGCUAGUUACGCCCGAAGUAUCCGUAUUAUGGGAGACAUUUACAGAAAGAAAUCCGACAUAAACAUGGAUAUAUUGCAGAAAGCGUUUCGACAGUACGAGAGUGCGAUGGGCUCAGCGGCCGCGACUGGCGAUCGGUUAUGCCAGAUGGAAGCGAUGGACGGCGCGGCAAGAUGCCUGGAAGCUCUCAGGCUUCAGCACAAGAUAUGCAACUGCAGGCCCCUCGAAUUCAAUACCAGGCUCCUUGAGGUCGCGGGAUCAGUCGGCGCCAAGCUUCUGGUGCGGACAGUUAGAUCCAGACUGUCGCGAAUUUACGGAUCUUUGGGGGAUGAGGAGCAAAAAGGACACCAUGAAAGAUUAGCAAUUGCGAUGGAAGAAGAUUUGGAAUUACGAUGCGGAAGCUGCAAUGAACCUUUUGGUCUGGAAGCCGAUUCCUUGGAAGCACUACCCUGCUCUCACAUAUUACACGCUCGAUGCGCAUACGACAUCUUGAAGAAGCGCGACAAGAAGAAGAAACGUUUAUGUCCCGACUGCCACAAAUCUGUCAGUUCACGACUGUACCUGCAUUGCGAGGAUCCUCACGGCAUGAAUACUUUAAAUCAUAGUUCCUUGAGCCUGGCGUCAUUGAGGGCCAGCAGCCUAGCAACACUUGAGGACUGUCACGCGACGAGUAGCGUUUAAAACACGAUGGAUUUCGUUUAUUUUAACGCGUUGGCAUCCGCAUACGAUUAGAUAAUUCUAAGAGUCAUAAUUUGGGAAAUAAAAGAGCCAACGGAAAGUAGUACGAUACAAAAAGAAUUUAAUGGCAAUAAAAAGUGCACGCCUCGAUCUA